AUUCAUAACUUGGUAUCAAACUUUACAGUACCAUGGCUUUUUAUCACACAAAUCUUCCAACUCAUGAACUUGUUCUAGGCUUGAUAUACACAAUUUUCUUCCUCUUGCUAGCAACAAAUAUAAACUCAGGACAAGCACUUUCCUUCAAUUUCACCAAGUUCAAUCCUAAUGCUCAUACAUUUCCUCCUGGUAUAAAAUUCCAAGGGGAUGCUGAGGUAUCAAUCAAUGGAACCAUAACACUAACUAAGCGUUUAGAACUUCCUCCAGAUACAACUAAACCAAGUACAGGUCGUAUCUUAUCCAGACCUUUGUCCCUUGACAAUCUUGGUAGCUUUGUCACUUCUUUUUCUUUCGAAAUCGCAGAGAACCCCGGACAUCAACUAACUGAUGGAUUGAUCUUCUUUAUUGCACCACAAGACACUGUGAUUCCACCCAAUUCAGAAAGUCAAUAUUUUGGAGUAGUUGAUUCAAAGAAUGCUUACAAUCAAUUUGUUGGUGUAGAGUUUGACCUUUAUCCCAAUAGUUUUGAUCCCUAUAUUUACCAUAUUGGAAUCGAUGUCAACUCUAUAAUUUCGACCAAGAUCGUGGAAUGGGAUUGGGAAUGGGUGAGUGAAUCAUUGAAUCAAGUAAGUAUAGCCUAUGACUCUCCCUCUAACACAUUGAGUGUUGUUGUCAUACAUGCCAAUGGCAAAAUUGUUACCAUUGCUGACAUAGUUGAUUUGAAAACUGUGCUCCCCAACACGGUUAGGUUUGGUCUAUCUGCUGCUUCAGUAACUGGUAUAGCACAUGAUAUCCAUUCAUGGUCAAUUAGCACUUCAGAAUUGAAAACAACUACAAGCAGCGCAUCAAACAACUCUUUAUUUCUAAAUAAAGACCCUGCUAGUAAGCAGCUUGUGUGACCUAUACGGGAUUUCGUUUUAAAAUAAAGACCAUGUUUGAGUUAAUUAAUUUCUCUUACAUGCUAAAUGUUUGGUCUACAACUAUGCAUCUAUCAUUUGUUAAAUACAAUUGUACUUCCUCUGUGGUUUGGAUCCACCACUUGUACUUUUCUUUGCUUUUCAUCAAUAAAAUUUCAUUUUGCUGCUAGAAAACAAUUAU